GUGCUGCUCCCUGUGCGUGACAAGCGCGACAGGUUUAUUUUUCUUUUCUGCGUCAGGUCAAAACUAAUUUCCAGCGUUUCCGUUCACCUUUUCACCUUUCACCUGCGCGGAGCGGUCCGUCCAGGUGCUGAAGAGGACUUUUUCUUUCACUCCAAGUGAACUUCAUGCAGUUUGCAACGCGCACAUGACAAUGUUCAACCUGCACAUGUGGACAACAGUGGAGCGUUUUUGUGUUUUGAAGCAUCAUAUAUGAGAUUAGAAGAGGCAACACCUGUUGCACCUGUCUACAGGUGUUUGAGGACUCCGAGCUGCUGCCAGGCUUCCUGUCUGAUCUAAACGCAGGCAUCCAUAAUGAAAGCUUAACAACAGAGCGGACAAGUGAGUGACUGAGAGCAGCUUUUUGUUGUUGGACUGAAGAUGGGGUUGACCGGGCAAAGGGCGAAAUGUCUGACGCUGCUGUUACUGGCUGCAGUGGGUGUGCACGGUGUCUUUGUGGAGCCUCCUCAGCCCGACACCUCCCUGCGCUCCCUGGCAGAGAGUGUGACCAGGCUGCCCUGCCGCUACCAGGUGGAGCAGGGGGAGCAGGUGGUGCAGGUCACCUGGCUGAAGGAGCUCCCAGACGGCAGCAAGGACCAGAUCAUCACUGCCCACUUCAAGGACGGCCACACAGAGUUCGGACGUUACUCGGGUCGGGUGAGGUUCGAGAGCGGGAGCCCCACGGAGGACUCGGCUCUGCUCAUCCCCAGCACAGAGGAGUCGGACGAGGGCAGCUACACCUGCCACAUCUCCACCUUCCCCAACGGAAACUUUGAGAGGCACAUCGCGCUCACAGUGUGGAUCUUACCCAUCUCCUCCCUGGAGCCUGUGGACCUGGUGGAGGGCCAGUCGUUCCGUGUGGCCGCCUCCUGUCGAGCCGUGGGCCACCCGCCUCCCCGUCUCUCCUGGGACACCGACCUGCCGGGCCAGUCCCAGAACCGCACCAAAGAGGGCGGGUCCGUGUCCAGCUACUACUCCCUGCACCCCCUCCGCAGCAUGAACGGGAAAAAGCUGGACUGUUUGGUGUGGCAUCCCGGCCUGGAGCAGCCGCGCAGGAUCUCAAACCGCCUGGUGGUUCAGUACCCCCCAGAUGCCACCAUCACCGCUGCUACAGGAAACUGGUUCAUGGGUUUGGAGAAAGCCGAGCUGGUGUGCAGCAGCAGAGGACACCCCAAACCUGAGAACGUCACCUGGACAUGGAGAGGAGGAGCUUUGCCAGAUGGGGCAUCUGUGGUUGGAGAAAAGCUUGUUUUUGGGCGGCCCCUUCGCAUGAAUGACAGCGGGGUCUAUGAGUGUGUGGUGAAGAACAACGUGGGAGUAGGAAAAACAGAGUACAUGCUGACAGUAACAGAGAAAUCUCAGCGCUCGGGCAACCCCCCCAUCGACAACCAGCUGCUGAUCAUUAUUGGAGCUUCGGCCGGUGCUUUGAUCAUGCUCCUGGUCAUUGUGGUCCUGCUGGUCAACCGCCACCAUCGACACAAAAACAAAAAGCUCGAGAUGGAGCUCAGCGAAAAAACGGAGGAAAUUAACAGCCUCUCCAGACAAGCCUCCUUCAGGAGACUGAACUCAGUCAGCACAGACCCCAGAGUGCAGUCUGAAGAUUACGCCCUGCUCAGAGUAGACAGCCGCAUGAAGAACAGCGAAAUGUCUCUGGAACGACCCAUCUACAAAGGCAGCCAGUCCACUCUGGGCGGGAAGUGGGGACCCCCGGGAGGGGUGGAGCUGGACGAGCUGGGACGUCCCGUCGUCUGGCACGACGGCAGAGAGAGCCUGAGAGGAGCGGAGAUGGACGGGGAGAGGGAGGAGCGCAGGAGGAGGGUGGAGUCAUACCUGAAGAGCAGCAACAUGUCACUGGACUCAGGACUGCCCUCUUCCCUGGUUCCAGUGAAGGCCCAGCAGGAUGACGGCGUCGGGCCCAGAGACCCAGACCAGGGCCACCUCAGGGAGGGAGACUCCCCGCCGUCAGUAGCAGAGGCACACGAGGAUGACGAAGACGGCAGCUCCUACCAGCUCUCCGAGGCGCUCACCAAUCACUUCUACUACAGUAAUGGGCUCCUCAGGCCCAAACCACACUCCAAUGCGAUUCUGCUGCACCCCAGAGGCCAGAUCAUCUAGAUUCCAGACCGCAGACUGUCUGCAUUCCUGCAUUGAAAAUGACCUCAUUCUUUGUAUUGGGGUGAGUUUUUCAUACACAUUGACUGCAGUGGGUAAUUAACCCCUGAAUGAUCCAAAUUUUGGUUAUUUUUUGCCUCGGGCUUGUGAGCAUGUGAUCCUUUAUCCUAACCCUAUAAUAAUUUGGAUGUUCUUAAAUUAUUUUGGGGUGCAUUAAUGCCUUUAAUAGAUAGUGGACAGAAUAUGAGGUGAGAGAGAGAGAUGGUGAACGUCAUGCAGCAAAUGUCCUCCAGCCAGACAAGAACCGGGGACGUUGUGGUCCAUGGCCACCGGGGAGCGCUAUAACUGGGAAGUUUUUGAUCCUAAUUAUUUUAAAAGAUGGAGAAUUAGAUGACCGACAAGUUUUGCCUUUCACAAACCACAACCGCCAUCCUCCACUCCUUCAACGUGCAAGGAAUAAAGGUUCCUGUUACACAAAGUUUACUGUAUUUUCUGCAGCGCUAAAGGUUCGCAUCCACUGCUGUGGUGACUUCCAGCUGGACACCCAAUGAAUCCUGUCGGCGUAGGGUUCCUUGUUUACAUCACAAACAUUCAGGAAGGAAGAUGUGGACACAGACAAUUUCUAAGAUCCACUGCCUGGUCAAGUUAAGAGUAAACUGGACUCAAAACUCAGCGUGGAUGCACCUGCAGAUAUACAAACGUAGUGUAUUUGUGUAUGUAUGUAUAAUAUAUAUAUAUACUAGGAAGAGAUAUAAGGAGCUACUGUAUGUUUAUGAUCAUGUGAUUAACAGCUACCUGCAGCUACGAAGAGGUCAAAAAGGCUGUUACCCUGAGGACCUGAACCCAGGCACGGACAGUUUUCACACUGGUGGAUGUUCAUGGAUAAACAUAGCAAACUGGUUUCCAUGUCCAGGUUUAAACCAGAUGAACUCGACAGUGCACAGCAACAGACAGACAGACUGGGACAAGCAGGAGAUGAACUGUGAAGCAACGCUGUGUGUCGCAUCAGUUGUGUAUAUGUUGUGUAAAUUGUUUUAUAUCCGUUCAGUGUUUUUGUAUGAAACUGAAAAACUGACAUGUAAAUGUUGAAAUGUUUAUUCAUAAAAGUACGGCAUAAAAACAAAGUCACUGUCAGCGGUGGUAGAAGUAUUCAGAACCUUUGCUUCAGUAAAAGUACUCAGACCAAACUGCAGAAAUACUCUGUUACAAGUCCUGCAUUGAAAAUGUUACUGAAAAGUAGAAUCAUUAAAUUUUACUUGAAGUAUUAAAAGUAAAAGUACUCAAUGCAGAAAAAUGUCCCCUGUGACUGUUGUACUCAUUGAUAUUUUAUCAUAACAUUACUAUGACUCAUGCAUUCAUGUAAAAGCGGGAUUUUACUGUAUUUGUUUCAGGUGGAGCUCAUUUUGAACUAUUUUGUAACUGAUAAUUGUUCACAUAAUUGUUUAAUCUGCUGAUUAUUUUCUGACUUGAUUGUUGCUGUCACAAUUACCCAGAACCCAAACUGACACCUUCACAUUGUUGUUUUGCCCAACUUUUAGUACUUUAGUGGUUUGUACUAUUAGUAAAAACCUCAAAAGUACUACAAAUAAAAUGAUUAACUACGAGGAAAAGCAGCAACUACGGACACUGUUGGGUAGAAGACA